CGCCGAAAGCCCACAAUGCUUUGCGCCCCCGCCCCUUGCGUCUCUUCCGGCGGAGGCAGUCCUGGCUAAUCGAGCAUCGCGUGCUGGAGGCUCGGCGCUCGGCCGGCCGCGCCUGCCCAUGUGGUGGUUUCCGGGGAGUGAGGCGCGGACCCCGAGUGAACCCGAGCCUCUAGCUAUGGCCUCUCUGCUCGCGAAGGACACCUACCUGCAGAGCCUAGCCCGGAAGAUCUGCGCGCAGCCCAGCCCCGAGCCGCAGAAGCGCACGUCGGCUGGCAAAACUCGAGUCUCAGAAGGACCCCCCAAAAAGAAGAAGAAGAAAGCACAGAAGAAGUCUCAGGAACGAAAGGCCAAGGCUGCAGAACCGAAGGCCCAGGCCCCUGUGGAGCAGUCGCGAGCCAGGAAGCCAGCGGUGGCCAAGGAGGCGGGGGAGGCCUCCGGUUCCAGUGGGGCCCCUUCGGGAGGCCUGGCCAGAGGGCCUGACUCUCUCUUUGCCUUGGACGUUCUGCGGCAGCGCCUGCACGAGAAGAUACAGGAGGCCCGGGGGCAGGGCGGCGCCAAGGAGCUGUCCCCCGCCGCUUUGGAGAAAAGACGCCGGAGGAAGCAGGAGCGGGACCGCAAGAAGAGGAAGCGCCAGGAGCUGCGAGCCAAGGAGAAGGCGGCCCAGGCGGCCCAGGAGGUGGCGGCCCCUGCGCCGCCCCCGGAGGCACCCCGGCCGGAGGCGCAGGGCCGGGGGGCGCUGCUCUUCAACAAGGUGGAGGUGACCGAGGAGCCGCCGGCCAGCAAGGCCCAGCGCAGGAGGGAGAAGAGGCAGAAGCUGAAGGGGAACCUGACGCCGCUGACGGGCAGGAACUACCGGCAGCUGCUCGAGCGCCUGCGGGCGCGGCAGGCGCGGCUGGAGGAGCUGCGGGAGCAGGACGCGGGCGCCGCCCGGGAGCUCGAGGCCAAGAUGCAGUGGACCAACCUGCUCUACAAGGCCGAGGGCGUGAAGAUCCGCGACGACGAGCGCCUGCUGCAGGAGGCCCUGAAGCGCAAGGAGCAGCGGCGGGCGCAGCGGCAGCGCAAGUGGGAGAAGCGCACGGCGCACGUGGUGGAGAAGAUGCAGCAGCGGCAGGACCGGCGGCGGCAGAACCUGCGCAGGAAGAAGGCGGCCAAGGCCGAGCGGCGCCUGGAGAAGGCCCGCAGGAAGGGCCGCAUCCUGCCCCAGGACCUGGAGCGCGCCGGCCUGGCCUGAGGGCCCCCGCGCAGGCCCCGCGGCCACCCUCCCCUCUUCCCCACUUGUUGGGGGAGCUCAGGCCGCCCGCGCACAAGGGCCUUCCGAUCCCGGCUCCGGCCACCUCUUGUGAGCCCGGGGUGCUCUGAACGGUCGUGGGCUGGGGGACCAGGGAGUGGCCUCUGGCCGGCGCUUCACUGGCCCCCUCUCCUCCCCUGUUCAUGGCAGCAGGAGCGGGAUGCCGUGUGGGUCCUAGACUCGGUGGGGAAGGACAAAAGUCAGCUCCUGAGGCCAGAGCUGAAGGUGAUAAUUGCCCGGCUCCGUUCCUGGGAGAAGGCGGGCCGUCCUCAGGCUGCCUGGAAUUGGAUUCCACGUUUAUCUGUAAGAUGGGUGAAGACUAGAGUUUAAGGUGAGCAGGCAAAUCCCAAGAUGACCCUAAAAGAUGGAAACUUACUAAACCAGCAGGAAGAAAAAUAGAUGGGGUCCCCGACAUCAAGAUUUCAAGAGAAAGAGCAAAACCUAGCACUAAGCGGGGUGAACGGAGGCUGCAGAGUCAGAGACAGUGAGGCCCAGCCCCCGGGCAGCCAGAACGAACACGCUUUAUCAAAACUCACAUGAAUUUGAUAUGUGGAUUGUAUUUCAAUAAAAGUUGAUAAAAUUCUUCAGA